GUGCUACUGGAUAACUACCACUGGUUCUUUAGAUUCUUCACAUUGUGGUUCUCAUCUUCAAUGGCAAGAGCGUCAGGAAGGAUCAUCAAGAAUCCAUUACUGAGCUUAACCCCGAGUCCAAGAUCAUUGACUCAGCUGUUCUCAUCAGUUUCACCGUUACCAUCACUCUGUUCUUCCAAGAAAACAUCCCCUUCCCUCUCAAUCUUCUUCCUUUCCUUCCUAUUUUCCUUCACUUUCUUGGGGAUCUCCAUCUUCAUAUUUUUUCCAAAUUCCAAUGAUUCAAUCCGAUGUACUUCCAUAGAAUCUCCAGCAAUUUCCCCAAUCUCACCCCACUCUUUACCUUCUCCCUACUCUAAAAUCAUCUUGGCAUCUUUGCUUUCUGGGUUGAACUCCAACAACGAGAUUCAACCCAGAAUUGGAGGCACAUCAAUGGUUCCAUUACCGGUUCAUCUUGUUUCCGGGAAUUUAUCAGAACAAGAAACCGAGUUCUGGAAACAACCCGAUGGAAAUGGCUACCGUCCUUGCUUGGAUUCGACAAUGGGGUACCGCAAAAGAUCUGCAAAGAUUUUGAUUGAGAAGAACAGAUUCUUGGUCGUCGUUGCCGCCGGGGGAUUGAAUCAACAGCGGAAUCAAAUCAUCGAUGCCGUUGUUAUCGCUCGAAUCCUCGAAGCUGCUUUAGUUGUGCCCAUCUUGCAGGUCAACAUGAUUUGGGAAGAUGAAAGUGAAUUUUCAGAUAUUUUCGAUGUCGAACACUUCAAGAAGACUUUAAGAGCUGAUGUAAGGGUUGUAUCUUCGUUACCAUCGUCUCAUAUGGUUGCUAAACAGACCAUUGCCACACAGAUUCCUUACGGUGUUCCCCCUUCUUGGAUUCGUGCUAAAUUCCUCAAACAACUCAAUCAAGAAGGUGUUCUUGUGCUAAAAGGAGUGGAUUCUAAGCUCUCCAAGAAUCUUCCAUCUGAUUUGCAAAAGCUUAGGUGCAAGGUAGCAUUCCAUGCUCUGAGAUUUUCCAAGCCAGUUCUCAAGGUUGGGAAUCAGCUAGCGAGAAGAAUGUGGAUUGAAGGUCCAUAUGUAGCCCUUCAUCUCCGGCUCGAGAAAGAUGUGUGGGUCCGAACCGGAUGUCUCACCGGAUUAGGUCCCGAAUUCGACAAAAUCGUAACCGGGAUUCAGAAAUCUCAGCCUCAGUAUCUCACCGGGAGAGUCAACAUGAGUUCUAGUCAACGACGCCUCUCGGGAUUGUGCCCUCUAAAUGCACUAGAGAUGGCAAGGCUUUUAAAGGCCUUAGGCGCACCGAAAACUACUCGGUUUUACAUCGCGGGAGGAGAGCCGUUUGGUGGCACCAAAGCUUUGGCACCACUAGCUGCCAAGUUCCCGAAUUUGGUUCGGAAGGAAAUGUUGGCACACGAUGGUGAACUCUCGCCGUUCCUCAACAGCUCCUCGGCUCUAUCGGCGAUAGACUACGUCGUAUCGUUUAACAGCGACAUCUUUAUACCGUCCCAUGGCGGGAACAUGGGGCGAGCCUUACGGGGACAUCGAGCGUACAUGGGACAUAGGAAAAGCAUAUGGCCUAACAAAAGAACGAUGCUUCCGUUGUUUGACGAUUCAUCUAUCGCAGAUGAAGAAUUGAGUAGGAUCACAAGAUCAGUCCAUAGUAAAUCAAUGAAGCCAGAGCCAAGGAAGAAGGAGAGAGACAGAGAUGUGAUUGCAUAUCCAGUGCCUGAAUGCAUGUGUAGACACGGUUCUGCUAUUUUCUGAUUUCUACAUACAUUUCCCUAUACGUGUAUCAUACGUUUUCUGAGUGAAAAACAUUCUUCCAAAAAAGCCCCUAUAUGUAUAAUGUAUACUGUACCGUAUCACACAAAUGCAUUUUGUCAAAUUAGUACCAACGUCCCAUUGGUCUGAUGAGACGAGAUAUUAGAUACUUUAAGUAAAGUCUAGAGUUUGAAUUAUGAUGUUUACAAAGAGAACAA